AUGGGCCAACAGAAUGCAUAUUGCAUCCUGCACACACGGUGCUCCUUGCCAAUUUGGAGACAUGCAUCGGACGAUCAGCUGAUCCGACACCAACAGCCGGACGCUGUUCUGAGUUCUCAGCCUCAGCCUUAUUCUACACGAAAUCCGUUGUCGAUUAUCAUUGAGGUCUCCAAGGCAACCAUAGCUUUCCACUUCCAGAAACUCGAAAGUUACUACUUACUAGACAUGGAGUCUGCUCAGUCCCCUGUAUUGACCUCCGCAGAGAGAGCCUGCCAGGAACUCGAUCGACUAUGUCAGCAGCCUGCUGGCGUGGAUGCUAAUGGUUUGAAGAUGGUGAUCGAUGACAGGACUUUCCAGGACAUAGCGGACUGUCUUCGAGACAUUGAUCACAUUGGAGCUAGCGACCGACCACGUACAUAUGCCAUCCUGUCAAUGAUGAAACGGCGAGAUCUGAUGUAUGCAUUCAUCGCAUUCGGCCUUGGGGACAACUCUCUGCCCUACCUGGACCGUAGAGCGCUUCCUUCUGCCCUGAGGAAAGAUCCAGAUGCUUCCCGUCAAUUCCUGGAGUUGCAGCAGCACGUAAUCUCACCUGCAUGUCAGAUGGAAAGUAGCGAGGACAGUCGACACUGGAAUAUUCCCUCUGGCGAUUCGUAUUUCAGGUCAUUGGGAAGGCUUGGUAGAGGAGGUGAAGCUACUGUCGAUAAAGUACAAAGCUUGUCUUCCAAGCAAUAUUAUGCAAGGAGAAGAAUCCGGAGACGGCGAGACAUUGAUAAAGACAAUACGAUCCAACAAGAGUUUCAGAGAGAGCUCAAGAUACUCAAGAGAUUAGACCAUAUCCAUCUGGUCAAGAUAUUCGCAAGCUAUACCGAUCCCCGGUAUCUGGCUGUUCUCAUGAAGCCUGUGGCUUCCAUCAAUCUAAAGGAAUAUCUUCAAAACCAGGCAUCGGAUCUACAAAGUAACGCGUCCGAGCGUUCGAUUUUGAGAACAUAUUAUGGGUGUCUCACACAUGCUGUGGCUUACUUGCACGACUCGAAUAUUCGGCACAUGGAUAUCAAACCCAGCAAUAUUCUGAUCGAAAAAGGUGAAAUCUAUAUCGCAGACUUUGGAGCAGCUACCGAAUUUGAUGACGACGAGAGUAUGACGAAGGGGACUGUCAAUGCCCGGACUGCUCGGUAUCAGAGUCCGGAGGUCUUCCGCGGAGCCAACAGAGGGAGGUCAUCCGAUAUUUGGUCUCUGGGUGUCACGUUCCUGGAGAUGACUACAGUUCUUCAGGGCCACACUUUGGAGUCCAUGCACACAUUCUUCAAGACAAAUGGGACGAGAGAGGAUUACGCAUACGAAAACAUCGAGGGUGCCAUCCAAUGGACUGAGCACCUGACGAAAAAUGCGGCUUACUCGAAGGUCGAUAACGCCCCUAUGCAAUGGAUUAAAGACAUGCUGUCGGACAAGCCAGGUGACAGACCGGAAGCUAAUCAACUAUUUCAUGCUAUCAGUCUGUCUCAGGCUGGAACCUUCUGCGGCAAUUGCUGUAUAUUUGAUGAUUCGACUACAUCGGAUGCAUCCUCAAUCGGAAGCCUAGACGAGGACGCCACUAUGAAGGCAGAUAGCAUAGUUAAAGCACCGAGAGUCUACCACCCGCGUUCAGAUGAUAAAAUAUCCAAGAGACCUAAGUCAAAUGCACGAACGGUCAAAAAAGAUCGGACGAAAGCGUCGCAGUAUCCUCCGCAGUCCCCACUACAUCAGCGCGUAACAAACAUCGUCAUCUCAAAUCUUCCAACACUGUCAAGCUUCAAGAUACCGUGGUCAUACUCGACGUCGCACCCGCCUGAGCCUCCCCAAUAUGAACCUGAACCGCCGCUUUCAUCAGCACCUGAUGUGAAUUCUAUAUCUGAUACUCUCAUGCCUGUACCUGUUACCCAGGAAGCCUUCGAAAUUGAGCCUGAGCCACUCUUCGGAGAGAUGCCUGAUGACAAUGAUCAUUAUUACUACAGCAUGCCUGGAGCAUUCCCAGAAUACUCGGCUCAUGAAGUAUCCGAUGUAACACAUAAAGAUGCAAGCAUUCGCGGCGAUAUGACCUACGAUACACAGAAUCCUCUCGAAGCCGUACUCAGUCCCAGUCCCAGUCCCAUGUUCGCUAUAAGUGCGGUGUGUGAAAGCGAUCCUUUUGAACUAUUGACGACUAGCAUCGAGCAAUCCGUCGGAAGCUCUUCAAAUACGCCCGGUCGAUGCUCAGAUGAUACACGUUCAAAUACCAAAGUUGCUGACAUGGCUCUUUAUGAAGGCUGUGUCUUCAAUACCGGGCCUCAGGGGCUCUUGACUUUGAUCACGGAACCAUCCAGUCACCAUUCCAAUGCCCUUAGAGACCUCCUGUUCCGGCCAGUUCCAGAGCUUCAGCGGUGUACGAGCGACGAGAAUCUGGAUGAUAGCACUCUGGAUAUGAACCCUCGAGGAAUAUCGACAGAUGCUCCAAGCCGGGACCGAAAUGCCAGCACGGCCGAGCUAAUAAGCGUACAGCAGCAGUUCGAUGGGACCGUUGCUACUCUUGAUCUUCCGGGGGCACCACCUCCAGUUCCACAUACCCACGGAAGAGGAAUUCCCAAACCAACAAGACAUUCUAUUCCCGUGACUACCAAGGACGUUACUGCAAGUUUCGUCAAAAAUGUCAGAUCAUACAAGGAGGGAGAGAUGCUCGACCCGGAAACACCACCAGAGCCUCCCAAAACUUCAGUACCCUCCAAAGCCAGACCAGCCACCAAACCCAAUAGCCCUAAGGUAAACCCCUUACGCAAAUCCUUUGACUCCGGGCGAGGCCCUCCCCAAGCUCCGCCAGCUCCCACUUUGACCGGCCACAAUCUCAACUCGCACAACACGCAAGUUCCUCCAGUCCAGCGUCCUCGUGCCAAAGUAGAAAAAGCAAGCGUCUACAUGAAGAAAGUCUACGAAGAUACAGCGUCCAGUGUUUCCACUUCAGUCAUGUCAACAAGAACGCGGCAAUCCUUCGAGAUGCGUGGGCGUAUGCUGCCAAUGGUGGACCGCUCCUGCGAUCACCUCGGCGAGCAGACCAAGAAUGGAAAUGCCGAUGCGGUUCGCAUGCUUUUGCGCGCGGGCUGCAAUCCAGGGACAAAAAAAGACCCUCGAUUAGCCCCAAUUUUCAAUGUAGUGAGGGGAGCAAGCGCUAGACAUACGAAGUGCUUGAGGGCUUUGAUUGAACAUGGCGUCGACGUCAAUGUCAGGUCAAAGAAAACCUCGAAAACACCUCUACUGGAGGCUUUCGAACAAGAUUUUUGGAGCGGCUAUGUCACCGUCAUCUAUCUAUUACUUGGAGCAGGAGCGAAUCCCAACGCGAAAGAUCCCUCUGGAGACGCACCGCUUCUGAAGCUGCUGGGAGGUGGCACACAGCCACUUGAACACCAUCGCCGCGAAGCACUGGCUCUCCUUCUCUCCUCAAGCUACAAAACGGAUGUAGGCGUUACAUCUCUCGGAACACACAACAGACCACUGCACCUUGCUAUCCGGCGCAACGACCCAUGGGCUGUCGGUAUGCUCCUUGAUAAGCCCGACUCUCUGCGUACCAUCGAAGUCGAGAAUUCGGAGGGCCUCACUCCACUGCUCCUCGCAGCUACGUCUUGGAGCCCGUUGAUAACGCCUGGCCAGCUAGAGAUUCUAGACUACUUGCUGGAAAAGGGCGCCAACGCCAACGCCAAGAUGAUCAUGACGAGAAGGACGCCGUUGCAUAUUGCUGUGAGCCACGGUUUGGUCAAUGCGGUUGAUGUGUUGGUCGCGUAUGGCGCGAAUGUGAGUUCGAAGACAAGCGAAGGGAAGACGGCGUGGGAUGUGGCGAUAGAUAGGAGGAAGAGUCACGGAUGUAGGAAGAAGGAGUGUAGAGACUGUGAGCAGAUCAGGAGUUUCCUCGAUUCUUCUGCUCGGUAA